CUUUUGAAGAAAGGACGUUUAAUCAGGAAGUCUGACAAAUAAAAUUGACUUUCGCAUUAGUUUAGUUGUGAAAUUCAGAAAUAAAAUAGUGCGAUAAAAUGGCCUAUCGUCAAGCGAGUGCUUUUCGAAAUUUAGAGCUAUUGGUCCAAAAUUGUUUCACCAGACGACAACUUAGCCGGACAAUUAUUGAACGCAAUCUUCACCUUCUGAAUGGGAACUCACCUUCACAUAGCAAGCUACGAAGCAUUCUCCAGGAAUGGCAUCUUCGUUUUAGUGAAAAUCCUCCAAAAGGUUUUGAAAAAUAUUUCAAACCAGGAAACACACCCAAAAAUGCUUCAAAAGAGACUCCCAAAGAGGCUCCAAAAGAAAGCCCAAAAGAAAAUCCAAAAGAAACACCAAGGGAAGCAACAAAAGGUCCAUUGAAGGAUGGCCCUUUCAGCAGAGGGCCUGAACCAGAAAAAAGAUUUUCUUUGAAAGAUGGUCGACCGGGUGGUGAAGGGGGCAAGGAAAGAUAUAUGAUCUAUGCCGCAAUCGGCACAGUGUGUGUACUGGGUGCCCUCACUUUCCUUGAAUUAAAUAGUAGGGAAAUCACAUGGAAAGAAUUUAUCAAUAGCUAUCUCUCUAAAGGAAUGGUGGAAAAAUUAGAAGUUGUCAAUAAAAAAUGGGUUCGAGUUCGACUACCAUCAGGAAAUAAUGUAGCCGAUGGAAGUACUCUGUGGUUCAACAUUGGAAGCGUGGAUUCAUUUGAAAGAAAUUUGGAGAAUGCCCAAAUUGAGUUGAAUAUAGAACCCCAAAAUUUCGUACCAGUUAUUUACAAGAGUGAAAUGGACGGCAGUACCGUGAAGGAUUUAAUACCAACGUUGCUCAUUAUAGGGUUUUUGAUUUUCAUGCUUAAACGUUCGAGUGAAAUGAUGGGCGGAGCAGCCGGUCGUGGUAAAGGCCGUGGCGGUGGCCUAUUUGGAGGUGUGAUGGAAUCGACUGCCAAACUUAUCAACCCCACCGACAUCAAAAUUCAGUUUAAGGAUGUUGCCGGUUGCGAAGAAGCCAAGAUCGAAAUUAUGGAAUUUGUGAAUUUUCUGAAAAAUCCCCAGCAGUAUCUGGAUCUAGGGGCCAAAAUCCCGAAAGGAGCAAUCCUUACUGGUCCUCCGGGAACUGGUAAAACGCUACUGGCGAAAGCGACGGCCGGCGAAGCAAAUGUUCCGUUUAUCACAGUAUCAGGAUCUGAGUUUUUAGAAAUGUUCGUUGGUGUCGGACCAUCAAGAGUCAGAGAUAUGUUUGCCAUGGCGCGUAAACAUGCUCCUUGCAUUCUCUUUAUUGAUGAAAUUGAUGCAGUUGGCCGUAAAAGAGGAGGUCGUAACUUUGGAGGUCAUUCAGAGCAAGAAAAUACGCUUAAUCAACUACUGGUUGAAAUGGAUGGCUUCAAUACGACAACCAAUGUCGUUGUUUUGGCGGCUACCAACCGUUUGGACAUUCUGGACAAUGCUUUACUGCGCCCGGGGAGAUUUGAUCGUCAAAUUUAUGUCCCAGCCCCAGACAUUAAAGGUCGAGCCUCAAUUUUCAAAGUCCAUUUGGGUCCACUAAAGAGCAACAUCAAUAAGGACGAUCUGGCUCGUAAGAUGGCGGCUUUGACUCCGGGAUUCACAGGUGCCGACAUUGCAAAUGUCUGUAACGAAGCCGCAUUGAUUGCCGCGCGCGAUCUAAACGAAUUUAUUGAACUACGUCAUUUUGAGCAAGCCAUCGAGCGUGUCGUUGCUGGUAUGGAAAAAAAAAGCAACGUACUUCAGCCGGAAGAAAAGAAAACAGUUGCCUAUCAUGAGGCUGGACACGCUGUAGCCGGAUGGUUCCUUGAACAUGCCGAUCCACUCUUAAAGGUUUCCAUCAUCCCUCGUGGUAAAGGGUUGGGUUACGCACAGUAUUUGCCCAAAGAACAAUAUUUGUACACGGCGGAACAGCUCUUUGACCGCAUGUGCAUGACACUGGGCGGUCGAGUGUCUGAACAGAUAUUCUUUGGUCGCAUCACGACUGGUGCACAGGAUGAUUUGAAGAAAGUAACACAAAGCGCUUACGCCCAAGUUGUUCACUACGGUAUGAACGCAAAGGUCGGCAAUGUCAGCUUUGAUAUGCCACAACCAGGAGAGCAAGUAUUGGAGAAACCUUAUUCCGAAGAAACCGCACAAAUGAUUGACAGCGAAGUACGUGUCUUGAUUGAUCGAGCGUACAAGAGCACCCACGAUCUCUUAUCGUUACACAAGGAGAAAGUUUUGAAGGUUGCUGAGCGUCUAUUGAAACAAGAAAUUCUCAACAGAGAAGACAUGAUCGAUUUACUCGGCCCUAGACCGUUCCCAGAAAAGUCGACGUAUGAGCAGUUUGUUGAGGGCACGGGUUCGUUGGAUGAAGACACAUCUCUUCCUGAAGGGCUGAAAGGAUGGAAUAAGAAAAAAGAGGAAGAGAAGGCGGCCAAGAAAUCCGAAGGACCAUCGUCAGCCUAAACACAAACAUCUUGCCUAACAACAACGCUGCACCAGGUGCUGACAUGUCCCUUGCCAGAGCCUAUGUUCACGUGCCAACGUCAACGUUGAAUGCUCUUCUAAUGGAAAAUCCAGCACCGACCAGUCAAAGUUUGCUUUCAUCGUUACUUUGCUGGAAUUUCUCUAGUUUUUGGGAGUAUCGUCCAUCGUCGUUGUGUUGCAUUAUUAGAUCCUUUUUUAGAUCCAAAAACGGAAUUUUGUACAGCAAACAAAUCAAGACAAUACAAUGAGAAUCUUAGGUUA